GUUUGGUCAUCAACUUCCCUGAUCUACCUCAACAGCUGUAUAUCUAAACUUGCAGCCCCUUAGCUGUGCGGCAACUCAUAGUGAGUAGGGAAAGGGGGACUAGAAAGUAGGACAGAGCAGUCUGGCCCCUUUCCUUUCGAACCAGAAGCACAGAUUUGCGGCAGGGGGAGAGAAGACAUUAGUCUUGGGUGGAGAGAGGAAAAGAGAAGAGAUUUUCUGGGAAGCUUGCUGCAGUCACUGAGGAAAAAAGCCCCUGGGACACAGACCGGUGUGUCCACACUGCAGAACAUCACAUUUUAUAGAUUUUUUUUUUUUUUUGUUAAAUUAUAUCAAGGGGAGAAUAUUCACUGAACUGAACUCUCAUCACCUGGAAACAUGCACAAGCGUACAAAGAUAAAGAUUGCCGUCUUCGUGCUGCUGGUGGGUAUGGCAUGCAUGUUCACUGCGGUGGUAACGGACCACUGGGCAGUGCUUAGCCCGCGGGUGGAGAAAGUCAAUGAGACCUGCGAGGCGGCCCACUUCGGCCUGUGGAGGCUGUGCAAGAAGAACAUCUACAUCAGCUCGGAAAACUUUGUGGAGGGGCUCGGCUGCGGACCCAUCAGCCUGCCUGGAGAGGAAAACUGCACCUACUUCAGGCACUUCACUCCGGGGCAGGAUGCCGAGAUAUUCGAGUACAAAACACAAAAAGAGUACAACAUCUCAGCCGCAGCCAUCUCCAUCUUCAGUCUGGCCUUCAUGAUCCUUGGCUCUCUGUGUUUGAUUGGAUCGUGCACCGGUAAAGGCAAAGGAAGAGACUACCUCCUCAAACCUGCUGGCAUGUUUUUUGCAUUUGCAGGUCUCUGCUCCUUCAUCUCACUGGAGGUGAUGCGUCAGUCGGUGAAGCGCAUGAUCGAGAGCGAGGAAACGAUCUGGAUCGAGUACUACUACGCCUGGUCCUUCGCUUGCGCCUGCACCGGCUUCGUCCUCCUCUUCCUCACUGGCAUCGCGCUCCUCAUCCUCUCCAUGCCCCAGAUGCCCAGGAAUCCAUGGGAGACUUGCAUGGACGCCGAGCCGGAGCAAGUUGAGUGAUGAGCGGACAAAAAAAACCAGGACGAGACUGAUUUUCUUUUUGUUUUGAGUACACGUUAGAUUCAUUUCAAGAACAAGAGCUUGUCAUCAAAGAGUAAAGUCAAAAACGAGGGGAAACCGGUGCUGAUGUUAGUGAAUAUUUACCAUGAUGGGAAAUGUACCUGACACUGAAUACGGGCCUUUUGUAUGAGUUUGGUAUGUUUGUCUUAUCUCCACGUGGUCUUCUGCAACACCUUUAUCUUCUUUAUCAAACCUGACCCGUGGCUUUAAACCAACCUUGCUUCUCAGUAAGAGCAGAACUCGCCCACAUGGCAUUCACAAACAUCCAAAGGCACUUUCAAUAUGCUUCCCUUUCCCUGUAACAACUCAAACUUUACUGCCGGCACGUCUAGAAAUAAUGUUGACUGAUGGUAAGUUAUUGUUGCGUAACUACAGGCUCCCAUGUGUCAUUGUCAUGCACUUCUUAGCUUUAAAAAAAACAAGACAUUAACAUUUUGAGAAUAAAAAUAAAUACAGUAAUGGCCUGACAUGGAGGUAACUAGAUUUUAUGUACUGCAUAAUGUAUGAUAUCUUGUACAUAGCUAAUGUAUUUUUUAUGGAGUCACUCAAGAAGUCCCUCACAAUGUCAGUUAAGUAGGUCAAGAUCUAUAUAUUAAACUAUAGGAUUCAUAAAGCUGAAUAACGUCCACUUCAAUCACAAGUUGAACCAAUGGUUUUCGAGCCAAGCAGCUACUCAGAGCAGGUUUGUGUGUGUGCGGUAGGCUGAAUGCUAAACACCCACCCAGUCUGCAGCACCAGUCAUGUUGGAAAAGGUUCAGUUCUAGCAGGUGUACAUACAGGGGCCUUUUACUUUUUAUUGACAGCUCCUGAUCCAACGAGGAAAAAAAAAAAAAAAAAGAGACUGUGUUCAUCUUCAUGCGGCAUCCUGACCUGUAUUUGCAUCCACAAAUUGUGUGCGUUUAAGAAAAAAUAAAUAAAAUAAGUAACGCAGAGAACAUCCACAAUCUGACGGAGGAAUCUAAUCCUGCAUGCCGAGCUGUCACCGGCUGGAUUCAAACACGAUUUCAUUAUCUAGCUGUGAACACCAAUGCAACUCUGAGCGGUGGAAGUUUGUCAUCUUUAAACCACCAAUAUGAGUCUUUUACCUGCAGCUUAGGAUACAUUGUGCAACAAGAAUCUGCAGUAUUAUGAACGGCAAUGCUAGUCGGCCACAGCUUUAUAAACAUUUUGGACAAAAAUGAACAAAGACGAACAUGUCGUGAGAUAAAGAGAAGCAGAAAAAAAUAUAUCUGAAAUCAUAGACAGUCAUAUUCAAUUAUUUCCAAAUGCAGAGUUCAGAAAAGAAGCACUAAGAUUUCCAAACAGAAAACUAAUUAUCCCCCUAAAACUGUUGUGUACACCGGUUGUGGGUAUUGAGACACACCGAAAGCCGUCCCCUAUGCUGUCCUGUGCAUAUGGAGAUGAAAGUUAAUAUAUUUGACCUUCAUGUGCAGAAAUCAGGUGUCGUGUCAAAGCAGAGCACGCUGCUGGUGAUCUGUCAGAGCAGCAACCGUUCAUUUUACGAGCCUCUGAGCAUCGGGGGCAAAAAAAAAAACCCCAAACUAUCUUGUAUUGUUUAUUUUAAAUUACUUUUGGCUUUAAUAUUCAGUUGAAGGAUAACAUACAGGUAAAUAAUCAAACAGAAAUACUUUCUAUACUGGCAGUUUUUCUUAUUUUCGUUGGGUAUGGCAUGUUAAGGUUACGUUUUGGAAUGCGGUAGCUUCUGUGUGUGUGUGUUUGUAAUUUGCUAUAACUUUGUAAUGAAAAUUAAAUCUUGAUAAGCUUUGGAAAA